AUGGCUGGUAGUGAAAAGAAGUUUGCCACCUUGGCUCUGCUGCUAGCAUUGCUUGGCUGCGUGGCGCGCACGUGCGAAGCAAGCUAUGGGUUUCUUCCUCCUCCUGCCCCGUCGCUCACCUACGGUCACUACUCCAAGGUCGAGAAUACUUGCUAUGGAGCGGAGAUGAUCGUGAGUAACAUUGUAAAGGAGGAGGUGAACCGCGACCGUGGCAUCGGCGCCGGGCUCAUCCGCCUCUUGUUCCACGACUGCUUCGUCCAGGGUUGCGAUGGGUCUGUCCUCCUUGACAUUAGCGCCACGCCCAACGAGCCGACCGAGAAGGACGGCAUCCCCAACAGGCACAGCCUCCGCGGCUUCGAGGUGAUCGACAGGAUCAAGGACGCGCUGGAGGCCACGCCCGGGUGCGAGCGUGUCGUCUCGUGCGCGGACAUCGUCGCCUUUGCUGCGCGCGACGCCACCUACUUCCUCAGCAACGAGACGAUGUACUUCGAAAUGCCGUCGGGCCGCUACGACGGGAACAUGUCCCUCGCGAGCGAGACCCUCCCCAACCUGCCCCCUCCCUUCGCCGACAUCACGAUGCUCGAGGGUUUGUUCGCGAACAAGGGCCUCAGCCUCGACGACAUGGUCACCCUCUCCGGCGCGCACUCCGUCGGCGUCUCCCACUGCUCGUCCUUCCGUGACCGCCUGCCGCCCAACCCUUCUUCGGAUCCCAUGGCCAUGAACUCUACGUUGGCCAACUUGGUGACAAGUCAGUGCAGCAGAGGCGACAACCCUACGGUGGAUCAGGACAUCUACACCCCUGGAUACCUGGACAACCAAUACUACAAGAACGUGAUUAGCCACGAAGUGUUGUUGAAAUCAGAUGCCGCGCUCGAGUCGCCCAAGACACUUGAAUCCGUGAAACAAAAUGCUAAGUUCUCCGUGGACUGGGAGUUAAAGUUCGGGGAAGCCAUGGUGAAGAUGGGCAACAUCGACGUGAAGACCAGCAAGAAUGGGGAGAUCAGACACAAGUGCUGGUCCAUCAACAAGAACUACUCCUAA